GACGUGGCGGGAAUAACGCUGUUGACAUACUGUGGACCGCUUCUCUGGCCCUAAACGUUUUAGACGUGUGAACACAACCUAUCGCCAGACAAGAGGAGCUCAGUGACGCAGUGGACGUGAGGGUGAGGUGGUGCACCGCCAUCUCCUGCUAACUGUUAGAGACUUCAGAGCAAGAAAUAUUCUUUAUGACAUGAACAACAGAUCCUCAGUGCCAAUUGUUCUCAUCAUUAUCUUCUAAAAGUCUAAGAGGAUCCUGAGAGCCAAGGAUAUUCCUCAUAGCUGUAUUUUAAGUUUGUUAGAUCCUGAGAGCCAAGGGUCUAACCCAUAAUUAUUUCUGAGAGUACUGUACUGAGGAUUCUGAGAGCCAAGGAUCUUCCAUAGAAUUAUUUCCUUAUUUUAAAGAUCCUGAGAGCCAAGGAUCUUUCCUACAGCUGUUUUCCUAUAGCCAAGAAUGUCUACAGUAUAUGGAUAGAACUUGAAAGAUAGUUUAAAUUUUUAUCUUCAAUAAGGAUCAAGAGUCAAGAACUACUACCAGUAACACUACAAAAUCAAAAGUCACUUUUUCCCUUUCACUCUUGCCGAGGCCUGCCAUUUAUGAAGAAUGUGAGAAUUUUGAAAAUGAAGUGCAGUAUUUAAAAUAUUCAUUCUUUUAGAUUGAAGUAUUGCUAUUUCUUUAUCAGCCCCUAAUUACCAGAUUUAAUAUUUAACUUUUAUUUAUUUUCUUUAACAUUUAUUACAUUAUAUGUCCUGUGUGGUUUACUUUACUUAAAUUUACCUUAUAAAUUUUAUAUAAUUUCAGCAUUGUCAGAAAAAAAAGCACAAUAAUGGAAUCUUGUACUACAGAACUUAUUUUGUGUACUUUACCUGAAAAUAUGAAGGUAGAUGGUUCCAAACUAAUUGAAACCUCUAAAGCUAUGGAAGAAGUACGACUUAAAAAUCACCAUAAAUUUAGAAGACAUGGAGGUAACCAAGGUGUUGAUUCUGCUCUAGAGGUUGAAAGUGAUGAAAUUAUUAUGAAGAGAAAAUUCAAAGCUGAAAAGGCAGCUCUACCAAUUGCUGUAGCAAAAUUGAUAAUGGAAAUUUGGUCUCCACAAAUGCGUCGGUAUGCUGAGAAACUGAUCCUACAGAAAGCAGUAGAAGAAAAUUACCUGAAAGAGGAUCAUCUCAAGUGGGUUCAUGUGCUUGAUACACCUGAUGAUGACAAUGAUAGUGAUAAUGGAUGGCUGAUAGAAACUGAAGAUAAUGCUAUAAUUGAAUUAAUAUGGAAUAGAUUCAAUAUAAAGGAGCAUUAUGAUCAAGUGAGAAGUCAUCGCAUGUGGAUUCAAAGAAGUUAUGAUCGUUUGAAAGGUUUUGUACCAAGCCUCCCUGCUGAAAUAAUUGAACGACAUGAUCUUAGUAAAUUUGCUUUUAGUCAAGCAAUAGGCUACACUUUAAAAUGGGUACAUAAUCUUUAUAGUGAAAUAUGGAAGACGGCUUGUGAUCUACACUUGCACAAUGAACCUCAUCAUCCACAAACUUGGAGUAAAUUAUAUACUCCUGAGGAGAAAAUGAAGAAAUUAGAACAUUGGAUGAAAGAUGUGUGUGAUUUCCACAAUGGGUGUCCAUAUGGUCUUGAUAUUGCAAAUCUUGAUCUGAAUUCUGAAGAUUUAGCUGAACCUUUCUUACUAGAAAGUUUCAUAGAUAUGGUUGGUGUUGAAUGGGAAAGAAAGAAGGGGCAACAGUUGGAUAUUAGCAUUAGGGAACUUGUUUACAUGGAUGACAAAUUCUUGAAGCGAUAUUCCAAGAAGCAGCAUCAGAUAAUAAGUAAUUUAAUAGAACAAAUUGUAGCAUCUGAUGAUAAUUGGAAGUCUGUUGCCUUAGCAGAGAGGGAGAAAAUCCUCAUGACCACGGUGCCCGAACACAGGCGAGCAAUUUUUGUAUGCCAGACAGAAUUGCAGAAGAAAUACGAAGUGAAAAGACUUAUUAAUUUAGCUAAAAAAGAAGAUGAGAACAAGAAAAAUGAAGCAGACGAUGAUGUAAUAACUGAAGAAAUGGUAAGGAAAGCACACAACACUGCUUUCCUCAUAAUGAUUGGUAAAGUUGUCAUGGAACAUUGGGACAGUCAUUUUAGGAAGCAUGCUGAGGAAGUAAUCCUUAAAAGGGCUAUUGAAGACAAAUUCAUCAAUGAUGGCCAUUUGAAAUGGAUAAUGAUUACUACUAAUCAAGAAGAUAAGCAAGGAAAUGCUACAAUACACACACCAAGUAUACUGAUCAAAGAUGAUGUAAUACUGCAGUUACUAUGGAUGGAUUUCAAUCUGCAGGAACAUUUUUCACAGGUGAAAUGUCAUCGUUACUGGAUCCAGCAGAGUUAUCGGCGACUAUCUCGCUUUAUGUCAGAAUUGCCUGAAGAAGUUAUAGAACGCCAUGACCUUACGAAGUUUGCUUUGUCACAGAGUAUAGGCUACACCUUUAAGUGGAUUCAUAGUAUAAAUUAUUCAAUAUGGCGUAAGUCUUGUGAUUUACAUCUUAACAAUGAGCCACACCAUCCACAAAUGUGGUCAAAUAAGCACACUCCUGAAUAUAAACAGUCUUGCUUGGAAGCCUGGCUCUGUACAAAUGCAGAUGGCUUGCAGUAUGGUGUGAAAAUUGCUUCACUUGAUUUGACAUCAGAAGAUAUGGCAAAAAUGUUCCUUUUGGAAAGCCUGGUGGACAUGGUUGCUAUAGAAUGGGAGAGAAACAAGGAGCAGAAGCCUAAUUUAACUUACACAGAGCUGGUUUAUAUGGAAGACAGGUUUCUUUCUCGAUAUUCACCUAAUGACAAAAUGUUUAUCUUGAAACUAAUGAACCAAAUUAAAGACGCUGACAAUGAAUAAUUCCAAAGCUUUUUGAGUAGUGCCAUUAUACAGUAUCUGUGAUAUUUACUAAAUCACAAACAUUUUGAUAAUGUUAUUUCACAUUAUUUUUUUUACAAAAAUGUAAAAAAAAAAGUCUUAUUGUAUCUUUUUUAGAAAUACAGUAUGCAAAAAACACCAGAAAUAGAGAAAUACUGGUAGAGGAAAUGCAAAUGUAUUAUUUUGCAUUUUGGCUAAUGAGGGUUUUGUUUUGUACUAAAUUUUUUAUUAUUAUUUAUUAAAAACAUGGCAUCAUGUGUAGGGCUGUAAUCAAUGUUUUCAUUCCAAAAUUGAAUAUUUUUAAGUAUUAAUAAAAUGGAAGGUACUUUCACUUCCUCAAAUAAAGUUAUUUCUUUAAUACACUUUUGUUGUACAUAUAUUUGUCCCUUGGUGAAUUCCAAUUGAGUCUCCAUAUACUGUACAGGGAAUUAACUCAUCUUAUAGGUGACUACUAAAAACAUAGAAGAUUUUAUAGGAAUGGAGUCAAAUCAACUAGAUUCCAGAACAUACCAAAUCAAUAGUAGACCUGUUUACGUGUCACCACCCAUAUGCUGGCCAACACAUCUAGGAGCUCUAGAAAAUUUUAAUUAUAGUAAUACUAUUAUACCCCAAAUUAUCACUAAAAUGCAGAGAUUUUUGUUUGAAUGUACAGAAGCUUAAAAUAUAGUACUGAGCACACAGAAAUCACAUUAGCGUGAUGCAUCAAAUGAAGAAAUCCACAAGGGCCGUGACGAGGGUUUGAACCUGAAGCCAUGUCAUAACCCAUGUUUUUAAUUAUGUCAUAGCUCAGUUGAUUAAGGCAGCGUCUGGGAUCCUCUCGGACGUAGAUUAGAACCCUCGUCACAGCCCUUGUGGAUUUGUUCAUUUACAGUACCGUACUUCCUUUGCUAUUCAAGUAUAUUUUGUUUAAGGUUUAAUUCCUUUCAUGUUACCUUGGAUAUGGUUAUCCAUUGUCAGGAACAUGAAGCCUGUUAAGCAUAUUGAGAUUCUUCUACCCAGAAACUGCCCAUUCUGUAGGAUGCAACUCGCAAAAAGUUGAUUUAUUACUAGGUACCUACCCAUAUCUAUUGCUUGGUGAACAGAGGCAUCAGUUGUCAGGAAGCAUGCCCAGAUGUCUUGCUCUGCCUGGAAAUUGAACCCACAACCAAUCAGAUGGUGAGCUAUUCAACUACUUUUCACCAAUUAAGCUUAGACAUGAUUUAUUUAAUCAAUCACUUCCUGCUCACCAGGUGAAUUUAUCAGUCAUCUGUCCUGCUCAACAUGUCGGCUGGGAAACGAAUUUCCCCCCUCUUACCAAUCAUUAUAAUCAUUUCCCCCCUCUUACCAAACGGAUUCUUCACUUAAAAUGGUUGUUCAUCUCUUAUUACCUCAGUAUUGACACAACACUGUGGUAGACCAGUAUCUAGAGAUGUGAAAGAGGUGGAGACUGGUGCUUGGUGAAAAAUCAAACUUUCAUUGUUCUUGUAUUUAAAGGUUUCAUUCUAAAUCGAUUUUUAACCUUUUGCUGGCAGUUAAAAAUUUUGUAACAUCCAGUAUUCUAAUGAAUAUAUAUAUAACAUAAUAAUUUACUGAAUUUACAUGGCCUCGAAGACAAGAAGCCAGUGGCUUGUUAAAGGUCCUCCCAUUUUCCCUGAUGGUUUUAUUGGCUUUAGCAGGUUAGUAGUUCCAUGGGAAUAACCUUAUAGGUGAAAAACUGUUUUCUGUCCUGCAUUGUGGCUUGUUGAGUUUGAAAAUUUAUCUCCUUGUUUGUGUUACAUCUGAACUUUUCAAGAAGUUACCUGGAUCAAUAUCCUCCAAAUUGUUCAGUAUUUUAAAAGUUUCUAUGAGAUCAGUCCUUGGAAAGUGUGAAAGUUACAGUACAGUGUUAUGAUACAAACAGAAAAAAUGCUUAUAUUUUCCUUACCAGAUUGUUAUUCUGGUGUAUUUGCAAAUGUAUGUUCAGGCGUCGAUUUUGCCAGUGUUAGCUGUGUGUAUGUGUACAUUACACUGACACUACAAAUUAUUGAACGCUAUUGUUAUUGAGUACAGUAUUAACUUAAUAUUUGUGAUUCACAUGCAACUAUAGUAGAUUUGAAAGUAAAUGCAUAAUAAUAAUACAAAUUUUAAUGAUUGUAAUUCUUUAAGCAAGCAUUAGAAGUGAAUGGGGUAAGUUUUAUUGUGCUGUAUAUUGACAACGUGACGAGAUGUAUUUUGUUAAAUUGUGGCACUAUAUUAGUGCAUACAAAUACACGAAGAGAGAAACCAAAUACAGUACAGUACAUAUAUUGUACAUGGAAGUAAUAUAGUACUACAGUAUGUUCCUUAUUACAAUGCUUCUAAAUACAGUAUAUUGAUUAUUUUAA